CAAUCACACCUGCCAACCUAAUCCCAGAGGCCUGACUACCUUGCCCAGCCACAGGCUCCAAGAAGCAAUGUGCCUGCCAGCACACUCACGCCCACUGUUUGUAACAUGGAAGAUUGGUCGAGACAAACGACUUCGUGGAUGCAUAGGUACCUUUUCUGCCAUGAAUUUGCAUUCAGGACUCAGGGAGUACACACUUACCAGGCAGAGACAAUACAGGUUUGAGAUCAGAAUUGCCAAUGCCCUUAAAGACAGCCGUUUUCCACCAAUGACAAGGGAUGAGCUGCCAAGGCUUUUCUGCUCGGUGUCUCUGCUCACUAACUUUGAAGAUGUUUGUGACUAUUUGGACUGGGAGGAUGGGACCAUAUUCAGACCAUAGACUCACUACUGAGAAAGGGAGGAUACAAAGCUCCAAUUACUAAUGAAUUCAGAAAAACCAUAAAGCUGACCAGGUACCGUAGUGAAAAGAUGACUUUGAGUUAUGCUGAAUACCUUGCUCAUCGCCAGCAUCAUCAUU